AUGCGUUCGUCUAGAUCUGUUCCUUCAUCAGACGCGUCGCGUAUUCAGUCGGGAAUCUUAACGCCAACUUCUGAUACCUCGCUAAACCAUGACUCCAACCGCGAUAUUACUAGCUCUCGCAAGAGAAAACGAGACUCAAGUGCCUUGGAAGAACUUCUUAAACCCACUAUUGUUCUCAAGCCACAUCCUCCCAAAAUCCUUACCAAGCCCGUUGUCCUCCAACCUCUGAUGAUAAUCCCCCGAGGCUACUUGCCUCUUUCCUACCUCGACCUUCUAUCUCCGACUGGUGACCUUACUCCGAGCCGAUUCUACGAGUCCCACGUCCGUAUCCUCGAUCUAGAAAACCGACGCGGCGCCGGUCCCCAUCUCCUGAUCGCCCGAUUAGACACGAACGGUUCUCUUUUUGCUAUAGAAGGAUUCGAAAAAAGUCUAUAUACUGCGUGUAAGCUGGGAUCAUGGGUCGAGUUGAACCAGUUGAGCUCCAAGGCAACGCUUGCUUGCCAGCAACUGCUGUCUCUAGCUCAGAGUCAGCGGGAAGCCACGGCGCCGGCGGCCGUAGCACUUACAACCCCGAGCUUGCAUAAAGCAAACAAGGAAAAGAGAAUGGCCAUUGAGGCACUUCAGUCUGUUGUCCGGAGGAAAUCGCGUACGCAAUCCGUUUCUACGUUACCGUCCCUGGGCGAUUGUGCCAACACGCCACCAAUAACCUCCACGGACGCCGGCGAGGCAAGUCCUUCUGAUCCGACAGAUACGCAAAAGCCAGCCUCUUCCCAGGAACCUCCGCCGACCUCUCAGCCGCCUCAGCUACCACCGUCCCAGCCGUGUGCUUUACCCCCUCCGCCUUCUGGGGAUGAGCUCCUUGAAAAGAUUCGAACGCAAUAUUUUGAUGCUCUGUAUCGGUCCAAGGGUUCCUUGGCGUAUUUUCCGAAAGGCCCUCUAUCCCGCGCGCGUGCUGCGUUCCAUCUUGAAAGUGACAUCAGCCUCAACAUGGGCGACCUAGUAGAGUUUUUAAGAGGCCUUGUUAUCCCAUUACGACAGAUGAAUAAGAAGUACCAAGAGACGAUACCCACCCUCAUCAAAGAAAUGAAGACGCGCGUUGAUACCUCGGGAGAUGAACGACCAAAGAAACGAAAAUCGCGGAAAAUGAAACUAGGACGAAAUGGCCUCUACCCCGAAGAGGACGAGAGUAUACGGGCCUGGUGGAUGUCAAAUAAGCCGGAACUGACCGAAGGUGAAGCAAGCGUUACGGAGUCCCAUAUUAAGUCGUACAUCGCUCUUCUCCGAUCGCGAGAGACGCAGUUGCAGCUGAUUCUCAUCCUCGAAAUUCUUGCCUUGGAGCCCCUGGUAGCGACGGAGAACGCCGCCGACACGCAGCUACCGGGUGUUCAGCCAUCCAUUGAAACGGAGGAGCCAAAGAAGAAGAAAUCGAAAGAGCAGAGUCUCCCUGACCUAGCUGAUAUGCAUGCCGAUUUGCUGUGUAUCUGGCAGUCCACUGCAUCUGAUGAGAUACGUUUGCUGCAAGACGCUCAACUCCCUGACCAGAUCAGGGAUGGUCAGAGGAUACAGAAGGCGUCCUCAGAGCCACUGAGGGACUUUUGUGUUGAUAUCAUCAUGCCAUUCUUCUCGGCCCGGUUACCGGACCUUUGCGAUUCCCUCAACAGAAAGUUGGGCGGACCCGUCUUGCGCGCCUCCCCCCCAAAGACGAUGAAACCGGCGAAACCCAAAACCGUUACCACCAAGCAGCCGAAGCCCGGAGCUGUUGCUAAACGACCUCUAUUAGCGAGGGACGGCAAGUCCUUACAGCGCGCCUUCUCUAAUGAUAAGCUGCAGCGUGAUCGACGUAGUAUGUCGAGGGGUCCUAGCAAAGCCGUCGCGGCCUUGCUCUCCGCCACCGAAACGGCCAUUCCGGGUCUGAAGAGGGAAAAUAGUGACUCCCUCUCUUUGAUGAGCAUUCCACGAAUGAGAGCGGACUGCGGACUUCUCAAGUCUGCCACGGCGGGUUCUUUGUCUCGCAGUAAUAGUAUUUCCGGCGACGACCCCAGGGUGAAGAAGAAGGCAAUGGUUGAGGCGGAGCUUCAGGACGCCAUUGCUGCCUUGAGAAAGCCCAAUCGGCAGCUUGCUGGCGCGUCGAUGGUGGAGGCGGCUGAAAAGAGGGUGUCGGGAAGCCUGUCUCAGAUACGAAAAUCAAGGAAACCUGUGCGACACACGCCAAGUGAACAAAUUAAAAUCAAGGCCACGCCGCUGCACAACCGAUACCGCGACCCGAUGGCCGGUCACUCCCAACCGGCUCCGGUCGCAUGGCCUCUUCCCCGUCUUGGUGCUCACGAACCUCCCCCGUCGUCGAAUGGGUCUGUCAUCCCAGCCACGGCGCCGAGAAAGGGCUUCAGGGACGCGUUGCAGAGUAGUGCAUCCCCAGCGUUCGACGUUAUCACCUCGACACCCGCGCGUAGAUCCGUGGUGGACAGGAUCGACGCCACCCCGGCGCGGACUAGCACGAUCGCCGCGACUCCCGUACGGUCGAGCGUGAAACCGGCUUCACUCCCUGAGGAGGAAUCGCUACCUGCCGAUGAAAUUAUGCUGCCGUCCUCACCGCUGAUGGCCAGGAAGGCGCCCCCGAGUCAGUAUCUGGCCGUUCCGAGGAGCGGAGCAUCGCGCUCCGCAGAUAUAAGUGGUGUCCGGAGCCUGAAGGAUCUUUUUCGUACACCUGUGAAACCCAAGCAGACGGCCCCAGCAGCCUCCGAAGAGAGGAUGGCGGAGACGUCUGUUGUAGCGGAGAAGAAGAAGGUGUCUGUUUAUGAGAAGUUGGGGUGGGAUAAUGAGUUUGACGACUUAUGA